AUGUCCAGCAGCGACUCCGAAAUCGAGUCAGAUAUUGAACCCGAUCCCAAUGAUAAUAAGCGCAUACUACGCUAUCUCAACAAACACGACAAAGAAUUCAAAGACAAGCUCUAUGUCUUUACUAUGAUGGCGAAGAGUCUGGCCAAGGAUCAUGCAAGAUCUAUCCGGCGCUUGAGAAAAGCGUGCAUGGAGUCCGCUGCCGGCAGUCAGACUUACAGUCAAGCCCCACUACCUCCAAAAGCUCUGAAACCGACGGUCGAAGAACCUGUCAGGGUUGCUGCGCAUGAAGGAGAGGAAGCCACGGAGUCCCCCGUCGUAAAUGAAACAUCCGAGCAGCUCGCGAUUACUACAAACCUCCAGGACAUGGCGCAUGCCGCGCCCGCAGUUCCCUCCCAGACGACAUUACAGCAUAGCACCAGCGACCUUCCGCCCAGUAGCAACCUCGGCCAAAUCGACGAUCCUUCUCGCUUAGAAGGUCCAAAUAUGACAGAGCAUCGGAAAUUUGAUCUUGAUGACAUUGACGACGACAAUGCUUCAUCUUAUUCCACCGAUGAAGGUGAUUUCGACAAGGAUAUUAUCCAUGAGGAGUCGCCCACCCGGGAUGAGACUAGUCGGGCCAGCGUUGCGGACAGGCGGCCAGCCGUCGCCCAACAACAAGCUGAAACACAACAUCAACAUGAAUCCGGACUUGAUGACGUCGACGACGACAAUGCUUCAUCUUAUUCCACCGAUGAAGGUGAUUUUGCCAAGGACAUUACACAUGAGGAGUCGCCCACCCGGGACGAGACCAGUCGAACUAGCGUUGCGGAACCACGGCUAGCGGUCACCCCACAACAAGCUGAAGCACAAACUCGGCAAGAACCCGUGGCUCAACGGAGAAAGAGCUCCCAAUUGCUUAACGAGGUAUCGCGUCGAUGGAAGGAAGAGGAGGAAGACUUCAUGAUUGAGAUCAUCCAUGAUUUGAUGCAGAGAGAAGACCCGGGACUAACUAAAUCUAACAUGUGGCAACGUGCGUCCGAGAUUCUCAAAACCCGCGGCUACGAUCGCACCGGCCCACAAAUGAUGGCGAAAUGGUCUUUCGGGACUCGUUACAAGUGUGAAGCUCGUGGCUUGGACUGGGCAUCUACCGUCAUGGCCAAACUCCCACACAUGGCGCGUAAGCGAAACGCAUCAUCAGGCAAUGCUCGAGAAGGAGAGUUGCACUCGACGCCAGAUGGACAGUCAACCGCUAAAAGGACCAGAAUUCGGUCUCGGAAAGUUGUCAACUCUCAAACGCCAACCUCCAAUGGACCGUCGUCCUUAGACAACAGUCACCUCUACGGGUCCCAACCAAGGCCGAACGGCAAGACCAAGACGCAGAAGCCGAAGAGACAAUCUCGAAGUGGUACGGCCCUUCAAUCAGUACUUCCUCAUCAAGAAGGGUUUAAUACCAAGGUCGAUUCAACACCUACAACAUCGGGAAACCAUUUGCGCCUUCGGGCUAUUUGGGCUCGUACCUCGAGCGGCAUGGUGCAAGUGGAUUGGUCUCAAGAUUCGAAGUACUUUGUGGCUGCUAGCAGCUCGGUAAUGGACCCCUUGACAAAUUUGAGGGAUAACCGACCCAUGAAUCUAGUUCAUGGUUCACUGCCUUCCAAGACCAUCCGAGAACUUCCCGAACAUCGCGUGGCGGGCAAUGUCCACGCCGGGGAACCAAAAUAUGUGUAUCAGACUGUCAGUGCGGUUCGAUUCGCCCCAACCGGCCACAUGAUUUACAGCGCUGGGUUUGACAACAAGGUCCGAGUCUGGGACGCUGAGAAUGAGGCUUCCAUCCAAGUCAGGACAGAAAUACAAUAUUCGCAAAAAGUAGAAGUUAUGGAUGUGGCUAGGGAGCAGAGCUCAUUAUUCGCCACUGGCACAGCAAAUGGGAUCAGAUCUAUCCGAGUCUUUUUGGCCGAGUCGGACCUGGACGGUCGCCCUCUAGAAAUCAGACCCCUCCGGGAAACAGGAAGGAAAUCGUUCCCAUUUUCUCCCACAUGUCUUAGGUUCGGACACCUGCAAAGCCGCGAUUGGUUAAUUGCGGGCUUCGGUACUGAUAGUAAUGAUCCAAGGUUUGGUGCAGGCUGUACGACAGUGUGGAAAUUUCACCAGGCCUCCUGUGAAGAGGUGUUUUUCCACACGGGAGACAGGUUUGUGUUUGAUUGUGCUUGGUCCUCGUCUGGCGAACAUUUCGUCAUCGCAAGCGCAAGCGACCCGUUGUCAAGGGCAAAUACAGCAGAGCAUUCAGUGGUCCAGCUGUACUCCUCCAACCAGCCAGAUUCAAUAGCGAGAUAUGGUUGUCGCGCAAAGGAUAUCAACGACGUAACGAUCAACUACGGUCUAGUCACAGCCUCGUGCACCGAUGGAUCGACGUAUGUUUGGGACCAACGUCAGCCUCAAAAGCCAUUACAUCGGCUGGCUCACGGUCGGCCCUCCCUUUGGCUCGCUCGCGGAGCAGAUCGUGAGAUUGAGGACGUGGGAGUCAGAUACAUCGAGUGGAGCCAUAUUCCCGGACGACUGUAUACUGGGUCAAGUGACGGCAUCCUCAAAUAUUGGGACACCCGCCGUUCACCUGCCGAUGUCCUCGUCGAGGAUCUUGCAGAUACUGGCUGUGAAAUAAUGUGUGGGCGGCUCUCACCGGAUCAUUCAUCCUUGUUGCUCGGCGACGAGGAAGGAUGUCUGCAUCUGCUCAGCACGUCGAAUGGUCCAAUUCCCGAGCAAUGGUUUCAGUUCCAAGUGCGUGAGCGGUGA